GGUCCUCGCCCCGGUCCUCAGCCUGCGCCUGCGCAGGCCCGCUCUCCGAGCCCUGCCAACCAUGGUGAACUUGGGCCUAUCCCGGGUGGACGACGCCGUGGCUGCCAAGCACCCGGGACUCGGGGAGUAUGCCGCAUGCCAGUCACACGCCUUCAUGAAGGGCGUUUUCACCUUCGUCACAGGCACCGGCAUGGCCUUUGGCUUGCAGAUGUUCAUUCAGAGGAAGUUUCCAUACCCUUUCCAGUGGAGCCUACUAGUGGCCGUGGUUGCAGGCUCUGUGGCCAGCUAUGGGGUGACAAGAGUGGAGUCGAAGAAAUGCAGCAACCUCUGGCUCUUCCUGGAGACCGGGCAGCUCCCCAAAGACAUGAGCACAGAUCGGCGAAGCUAGGACAGCUCCGGCCGGGGCACAGAGGAUUGGGGGCAGUAGGAGUCUGGAACACAGCCUUCAUGCCCCCCGACCCCAGGCUGACCCUCCCCACACCCUAGGGUACCCCAGUCAUAUCCUCUGUCCACAUGCGUGGCCAGGCCUGAUAAACCUCUGCAGACGGCGGCUGCCCCAGCCUGGGACCUGCCCAGAAAGUUGGAGCAGAAGAGGCUCUCCUCUAGGUGGUGGUUCUCGUCUAGGGUAUCGGGACGAUGGUCUGCACUGCCAGCAGAGAGGGUGUGUCUGGGGGCCACCACCUAGGGGGCAUGGGGUAGAAGGGGCUUGUGCACUCUGUCAUUCCCUUUCUAGCCCCUGCACCUGUGACAAGUCCAAGGUGCUAGGACUUGUGCUAGCUGGUGCUAGGGGUGUGGGGUUAAUAAAUGGCUUAUCCUUCUCUCCA